AUGGCUACCCCGGACUACCACCUCAUCGGGCUAUACACCCGCUACUCCAGUUGGACAGCACGCGUUGAAGCAGUACUGGAAUACUUCCAGAUCCCCCAUACACGCCAAUUCAUACCACUCUCUGAAGUACCUACCUCCAUCCUCAUGAAGAUAGGCCUAGUCCCAAUCCUCCAAUGCCACUCUCUCCCCUCAACAAUAAUAACAGACUCCCUCGCCAUCUGCGAAUUCCUCGCUGAAUCAAACCCAACACUCGCCCUCUGGCCCAAAGACCGCCAACUGCGCGCCCUAGCCCGCAGCGCCGCAGCCCAAAUGCACUCCGGCUUCCCAGUCCUGCGGAACAACUUCAGCACAAACUUCCUCGGCAAGUAUACAGGCAACAUCCCGAUACCGGACGGCACAGACGCCGAGAUAGCGCGCAUGCUCCGGAUCUGGGAUUCGGCGCGGAAGGCGACUGCAGAGCGGCUUGCCGUGCUGGGCGAGGUUGAUGAAGGGUUUUUGUUUGGCGGGUUUAGUAUUGCGGAUGCGUUCUUUUGGCCAGUUCUUUGGCGGUUCCGCUCUUAUGGUCUUUCGCUAGAUGGUGCUAGCCCUGAUGUGCUGGCGUGGAUGGCGAAGAUGUGGAAUGAUCCCGUGUUCAAGGCGCUGGGUGAUAGCUACUAUGUGCAGGCUGAGGAUCCGAAGACUUGUAUUGCGCAUUAUGAUGAUAUCUUCCGGGAUAGAGAUGAUGUGCAGUACAGUUUGUUCCCGAGGGAUUGGACUUUCUCGGUUUCUGGGUGA